CUUCUCUUCAGGUCAAAGAUAUGCACGUCCUAUAACUUGGAUGCCAGCUCCACCUCCACUUCCCAACUGCCCCCCAGGAUUGGAAUAUUUAAGCCAGAUUGAUCAAAUGAUCAUUCAUCAACAGAUUGAGCUUCUGGAAAUCAUCAUUGGCUUUGAAACCAGCAACAAGUAUGAAGUAAAAAACGCAUGGGGGCAAAUGGUUUACUCGGCGAUUGAGGACACCGACUGCUGCACACGAAACUGCUGUGGAACAUUGCGGCCAUUUACCAUUAAAAUCAUGGACAACGUGGGCCAGGAAGUGAUUGAGCUCCAGCGACCUCUCCGGUGCUCCAGCUGCUUCUACCCUUGCUGCUUGCAAGAGCUUGAAGUCCAUGCCCCUCCAGGCACCCCUGUGGGGUAUAUUAAGCAGACGUGGCACCCCUUUCUGCCUAAAUUCACUAUCCAAAAUGAACUCCAUCAGGAUGUCCUCAAAAUCACCGGGCCCUGUAUAGUGUGCAGCUUCUGCCAAGAUAUUAAUUUUGAGGUGCUGUCACUGGAUGAGCAGACAGCGGUUGGAAGGAUUUCUAAGCACUGGAGUGGCUUUCUGAAAGAGGCCUUCACCGAUACUGACAACUUUGGAGUCCAGUUCCCGUUGGACCUUGAUGUUAGAAUGAAAGCUGUCCUGCUAGGGGCCUGCUUCCUGGUGGAUUUCAUGUUUUUUGAAUCCGCGGGAGGAGGCCGGCAGCGAAUGGGCGUCUGGGGUUAGGCCAGGCUACUGCCUUAUAAAUGCCUUGGAGAAAGUCCUCUCGUUUCUUCUGUUUUUGCUUUGCUUAGGUGGAGUCUUAAGCCUGCUCACAAGAGGGUUUUUUUGUUUGUUGAAACCAGGGGUUUUUUUUGUAUUGUUGCUGCAGCUCUUGCAUUUAUAGAGGCAGAAUAUUCUUAAAGGUAAAGGUAAAGGGAC